CCGGUGACCUUGCCCGCCGGCUCAGUCGCGGAGCGUGCGCUAAGCCCACUACCCGCCCGGCCCCCGCGCUCCCUACUUUAAACGCGGAUACAUAUCGAACAUUAACGCGACACAACACAAUAAACACAGCAUACACGGAACACCAUCGUGCUGUAAGAAACAACACAAAAAUCCAAAUAUAAACAACAGAAGCGACAUUUUAAAGGCACGUUCCAUAACCCAAGGAAAAUAUCCGAUAAAAUGAUUGUACGAAACUCCAGUGCGCAUGUGCAUGCCAACCCGGCUGAAUUGUGAUGUUCGUGUUGAUUAACAGUUACGUGCUGGUGUCGUGGUUCUCGUUUUAGUCGGUUAAUAAAUGAUGUGAGUUCAACAUAACAACAGGUACUCAAGAUUACGGUGCGUCUGAAAUCAAACGGCCAAAUGCUCUCGGGAUACGAACUGCAACCAACGUGCCUGAAUAUGAGGCGACCGACAUGCCACCGUGCAUCUCGGGCUUCUUCAAAAGCAUCUUAAGGCAGAUGCUCUCUGUCAAAUUCUUCUUUCUAGUCAGCAGUAUAAGCUUCCUGUUAUCUGUUGUGUGGAUACAAUUUACCAACAGACCAGAGCAAUACUCCGUCUCCGAGAGCCUGGUCCAAGAAGCACUCGAAAAUGGCGCGCGAGACUUCCGCUAUUCAGAUGUUUAUAGAAAGACCAGCAAACUUCCUAAAAACCUCAAGUAUAUGCUACUGUGGACAAGAGAAGACUUCGCGCCGUUCUAUUUUUUCGAGAAUGGCCAGAGGGCUUUCCUUAGGAACAAUUGUUCGGUGAUAAACUGCUACGUGACUGGCGAUAGAAAGUUCUUCGACGGUGAUCUCACCAAAUUUGACGCCAUCGCUUUCAACGGGCGUAAUAUGAAACCAUGGGAUUUGCCGAACAACCGAACGAUGGCACAAAAAUACAUAUAUUUUAACAUGGAAUCAGCAGACAACUACCCCGUGUGUAACAAGCGUUUUGAUAAUUUUUUCAAUUGGACAGCCACGUAUAAACUCGAUUCUGACAUACCGUUCGCGUAUUUGCAAAUUAGAAAUAAUUUCGGCGAGAUUGUAGGGCCUAAGAUCAAUAUGAACUGGCUAGAAGACUUACCGGAGAUCGAUGAGGAGUAUUCUUACAGGUUGUUAAAUAAAUCUAAGGCAGCUGCGUGGUUUGUUUCCAAUUGUAACAGUAGAAGUGGCAGGAAGGAGUUUGUUGAAAAAUUGCAGAAAGCUUUGGAGGUGUAUGGAUAUACCGUCGACAUUUACGGCAAUUGUGGACCUUUAAAAUGUCCAAGGAACAAAAAAGUUGAUUGUUUUACUUUGUUAGAGAGGGAUUAUUAUUUUUAUAUGUCAUUGGAGAAUUCAUUUGCCGAGGAUUAUGUCACGGAGAAACUUCUCACGGCGCUUCAGCACGAUGUUGUGCCCAUUGUCUUUGGUGAAGCGAAUUAUUCAAGAUUCUUGCCUCCAGGUUCCUUCAUUGACGGCACCAAAUACAAUAGUUCAGAUCUCGCUGGCAUCAUGGUAACAUUGAUGAACAAUCCCAAGCUGUACUGGGACUUCUUCAGAUGGAAAAAUGUCUAUAUAUACCAUGAUCCUUCCGAGACAGAUAAUGUUUGUGCAGUCUGUGCAGCAUUGAACAACAAACACAUGAUGAGUUCCAACAGCACGUACCCUAAAUUCAGGCAAUGGUGGAAUCCCUACUUUAAAUCACGGUGCUAGCAGGACUGACAUGAAUCUUAGGGAUCCUGUAUGUAUAAAAGCUGCUUCGGUUUUUGGAUGUUAAUGAUUACUAGAUAGUUGUUAAAACUGUAUAAAUAAUUUAAUUCUUUUAAAUAUUAAUUCUGUAUUUAUUUUGGAGACUGAGAUACAAGUAGGAUAAAUAGAUAUGUUACGUAUUAUUUAAUUAUUAUAUAUCAUAAGUUUUAACUUAUUGCCAAUUGUUCUUUGUUCUGAAGCAGACUCUGGGAUAGUGGCAGUCUUAAUCCAAAUAUUAAAAACUUGAAUUACUUCCAUAAACAAUAACGAUUAAAUAAACCAAAUAUAAGUAUAGUAAAAUACAUUUUAAACAUAAAGUUAUUAGAUAUUUGACUUUCUAAACGAGUGGGAUGAAAAAAUAUUCUGUAGGUAAUUUCCAACAGUAAACCUUUUAGUUGAUCAUGACAGUUUCAAACUGGCAUUAGUCUAAUUUGUGAUUUUAGUAUGAUUAACGUUACAUUGUUCGUGUUAAAUGUGUAUUUAUUGUACGAUGGCCAAAUAUUUAUUAAUAAAUUCAAGGUUACUUGAGCUGAUGUCAGUUCGAAAUCGUGAUCAGCUAAGAGGAAAUAUUAGUUACAAUAUUCAUUAAAAAAUAGGGCAGUUACCUACUUUUUUAAAAUACAUUUAUCAAAAUAUUAUGUCAUUAAAAAUUUAAGUGAAAAAGAACUUUCAAAUCCACGCUAUAAAUUUUUUGUUAUAGAGCUUUCAAAUUAGAAAAAUUGGUCGAAGGGGUAGCUGUCAAAUAAUAGUUACUUGUGUCAUUGAGCGUCAUCGGCCACAACACUACGGCAUUAGACAGAGAUAGCGCGAUAACCCCAUCACUUUUGCACACAAGAAUAUUUCAAGUACGAAUAACUUUUGUUUUUCAACCAAUUUUGAGCAAAUUUCACAGAAGAAUUUACUUUUGAUAAUUAUCCUAUUUUUACAAUAACGUACAAAUCAAAUGUAGGAAACUACUCUAUGGAAAUAAGUGAUCAUUGUUUUAUACUUUCUGCCUUCAUCAAAUGCCUUAAAAAUAAAAGGAAAUUACUUAAAUGUUGAUUAUAAAUAAAGUUGCUAAAAGGGUUUUUAGUCUA